GCAAAGCAGAGUUGCAUCCAAAACCAAAAGUAGGCAACGGCGCUUUUUCCCAUUGCUAAUGAAUGCUUGGCCUUUUUCUUCUCCCGUGAUUCUGCAUAUUCCUUCACCCCGAGGCUCUUCUCUACACUGUAAGUCCGCAAAACAACAAGCCAUCGUACGCUACUGCGAAAAGCUUUGAGCCAUUUUCGUUUUGGUUUUGGAUUUCAAGCGCAUUUAUCAGAGAGCCUCCGCUUUGAUCUUUCUCUUCUUGGUCGAGUUCAUGGUCCACCGAAAUCUAUCCUUCGGUCGAUAAUGGGGGUUUCUGCUCUGCUGCAUUUUCUCGGCGGUUGAGUUAGGUCUUCUACAGUCAAGAAGCUGGCAAUUGCAUCUGAAUGCAGCUUAUGGACUGCCUUUUAGAGGCUGAGAAAAGCUCAAGGGACCAGCAGAGAAAAAAAUUGGGGGAUACGCUGAUCUUUGAUGAGCCCGAAGAAGUACCUUGUGCUGACCUUCCUGUUGAUGCAUUAAAAAAUGUGGAUGUAAUUCCACCAAAAUCUAAAAGAGUACAGAAAAAGAAGCAUACUGAAAAGAGGGCAUAUGACAGUGAAGAGCUUGUCAGACACAUGUCAAAUCUGCCAAGCUAUCUAGAAAGAGGAAAAGUCCCGCGGGAAAAAGCUUUCAAUGUUGGUGUCCUUGAUUGGAAGCGUCUAGAAAGGUGGCAAAAACAAUACAAGCAAAUUCCCGGUAGGAGUAAUGGGUAUUCACCAUCCAGCAGCAAUACCUCUUCACUUUUCUUAGCAGAGGGUUCUUCAUCCAAUUCUAGCACAGGUCAUAGCAGCAGUAUGCACCACUCUACACUGCAAUCUCAUCUAAAUAUGUCAUCCACGGAAGGUUCUUCUGGAAGUGUCAACUUGCAAGAACUAAACUCUUGUGCAGGUAAACCCUUGGAGAUACAUCAGAGAGUCCCAAAGACAACUCAUUCUUCAGUUGAGGUAGAAACUAGUCUGAAGGAAUUUAGUAGAGAUUCAGACUUGCAGCAUGCUAUUAAGAAUAGAAGAUCACAAUAUAUCAAGGAUGAUUGCUCGACUUUCAAUGGAGAAACUAUAUUGGAGGGGGACAAUGAGUUGCAUAUCUCAUGUUCAAAUGCUAAUGCUGAUUUUGACUGCAAAGAAAGAUGCAAAUCAAUUGUCCUCAUUGUGCCCAAAGAUAGACAAGAAAGUAGUAAUGGUUUAUCAUCUAGCACAUCUGACUCAGCAGAGAAAUUAAAAGCAACUAAGAAAAGCUUUUACGAUGUAUGUAAUCAUACUGUCUCGCAGGCACAAACCUCCUCUGGUGUCUCCCAUUGUUGCUACAUUCAUAAUAAAGCAGACACCAUUAGCUAUUCACAGACAGGACUAGCCAGCAAAAUAGAUGAGAAAGGUAUGGACCUGUCAUCAAUACUAAAUGAACCUUCAACGUAUCCAGGCAAAAGCCCAUCCAGUCCUACAGGAGGGAAAAAUCUGGAGUCCAACAAAUCAUCUGGGGUGCUAAAAAAUCCAACUACAGUCACAUCUUUUGAUGGGUCAAACCCUAUAAAGGAAAAUGCAGAAGCUACUAAAGUAAGAAACCCUUCUCCGACCCAUCGAUUUAGAAUUGCAAGCAGUGGAAAAGGCUGGAGCUCUAAUGCAAAAGAUAUUUCAACUGUACCGUCAGUUGUCAAGCAACAUAAUGCUCAAUCUGGACAAGAGAGGGUUGAGGGUGUUGUGUCUAUUGAUCAUACUUGUGACAAAUCAAGUGCCAAUGGCAGGUCUAAGUCUAGUCCUCUGAGAAGGUUGCUGGACCCAUUACUGAAGCCAAGGAAAAGCACUUCUGAUCACUUUACUGGAUCGUCAGAGGUUGAUUCAACUUCUAGGGAUAGGCGUUCCAAAUCAGCUCCCAGACAAGUAGAAUCUCUUACUUCACGCUCAAUGAAAGUAAAACUUGAUUUGAAAGGUUGUAAAACAAUAGAAGUUGAUAAUGCUUGUCCUACUGCAAAGCACAGACCCUUGAGGAUGCAAGCUCUUUUUCAAGUAGCUGUGAAGAAUGGUGUCCCUCUGUUUAAAUUUGCAGUGGAGAAUGAAGGUAACAUUUUGGCAGCCACAAUGAAGCAGGUGAACUCACCCACAAAGCAGAAGAACAAUUGGAUCUAUUCAUUCUGUACCAUACGCGAAAUGAAGAAAAAAGGCGGGAAUUGGGCAAAUCAGGGAGGCAAAGACAAAAGUCGUGGAUAUAUUUCUAGUGUCAUUGCUCAGAUGAAGGUUUCUGAUGCUCCAUUCUCUGUAAGCAGCCAGAAGUCUUACUGUCAAUCGAGUAUUAGGGAGUUUGUUUUAUUUGCCACAGAGACUAAAGAAUCAGGUCAGCAAAUAUCAGAGCUGCAGCCAACCCAUGAGCUUGCAGCCAUUGUUGUCAAAUUAUCCCAUGGGAGUACUAGGCAUCUCUGUAGUAGUGCCCAGCAGGAUCUCAACAGUGCUAGCGCCAUAGAGUCAGGUUCAAGAGGGGAAGUUGGGGGCUGCUCUGGUAGGGAAGACUUUAGCAUGACUGUUAUUCUUCCCGGUGGUAAUCAUGGAUUACCUGGGAAAGGUGAACCUUCUCCACUUAUUGAAAGAUGGAAGUCGGGUGGGUCAUGUGACUGUGGGGGGUGGGAUUUGGGCUGCAAACUAAGAGUUCUUGCCAACCAUUGUGAGGUGAUUAGGGGAUCCAGUUCAGCUAACAUUCAGUCCACUGCUGGACGAUUUGAGCUUUUUUAUCAGGGAGAUGAUCAAGAGAACAAGCCGGUUUUCAGCUUGUGCGCAUUCAAGGACGGGAUCUUCUCAGUUGAGUACAGCUCAUCUCUAACACUCUUACAAGCAUUCUCUAUUUGCAUAUCAAUUUUGAAUGUUAGAAAACAGGAUGGAAUUCGUGAAGCAAAUAGCUCAUGUGCGGAGAAUUCUUCUGAAGGCAUCAUGCCAUCAGAUUUUCCCAACAAGGCCCAAGUAGAGUUCCCUGAUAAGUAUAUUUCAAUUCCACCCAUCUCCCCUGUUGGAAGGGUGUAGCUUAAAUUUUAACAAGUAGAUGGACUGGAACCAAGAUUGUACAGAUUUUUUUAUUUUAUUUUUUUGUUGUGGCAUCACCAAUAGCCUAAGCUCAUCAGCCAAUGAAAAUAAAAGUUCAGAUGGCUGAAAAUAAGAAUGUUUUAUAAGAGCAAUGCAGUGCAGAUUGUUGUAAUCUUUUGUUUCUCUAGAAACUAGAAAGAAGCAGUAUCUUAGUUAUUCUGAGAUGUUUCCCUUUAUUUUUUUAAUGAUGCAAUAAAUAUUAGGUCUUACAAA